GCUUUUACAAGCGGAGCUAUUGUAAACAAAGAUGGGUUUCCCUUAGCAGGCCAGGUUUGAACUGGUAACCAGCAGCUUUAGUGAGAUCAGGCGUAGCUGGGAUCGAGUGUCUGGUCGGGCGAGCCUGUGGGUGGGGAGUCGGUGCGUCUGUAUGGUGUAUGUAAUCCAAAUUAAAUGAGCGCUGUGUAUCCCAGCCUGUAUAUCUCUGCCAGUAGUAUAACUCAUUCUGUUGGACAGUAUUAACUUCUUCAUCUCCAGAUGGAUGACAGCAAGGUAUCUGGCGGGAAGGUGAAGAAACCUGGCAAGAGAGGGAGGAAACCCGCCAAGAUCGAUCUGAAGGCAAAGCUAGAGCGCAGCAGGCAGAGCGCCCGCGAGUGCAGAGCCAGGAAGAAGCUCCGUUACCAGUACCUGGAAGAGCUGGUGUCCAGCCGCGAGCGAGCCAUAUGCGCCCUGAGGGAGGAGCUGGAAAUGUACAAACAGUGGUGCGCUGCAAUGGACCAAGGGAAAAUUCCAUCUGAGAUCAAAGCCCUACUCAGUGGGGAAGAUUUAAAGGCUGCACCGAACCAAGUGAAACACAGGGCAGUUAAGACAGAGCAGAAGGAAAAGUGUCCCUGAACAUCUCCUGCCUGAGUCUAUUUACCGACUGACUACCUGUCUCUCAGAGAGACGGAUGGGUUCUGACUUCCCGGGGUCUCCGCACUUCUACUACCUCUGCCUUUUUUGUGGGAAAACACCGAUCACGAGGGCGACACCUGGUGGCGAAGCGGCGGAAUCACUUCAGCUUUUCUUUUUUUCCCAACAAAAUCCUACUGAGCGCAGCUUCUUCCAUGCAACAAGGGGAAAGGAGAUUUCGGUAGCAUGGCAAGGACUCGACAACCCUGUUUUGAUGAAAAUCCAAACCGGAGAGGAGUAGAGCAUUCGCAGAGGGGUUGCCCCGUGGCAUUACUGUCAGCGUUAGCAGAUCCAGUUUUGGAAUCCUCCUGUGGGAUCCAUAUCGCCGUCCUCUCUUCCUGUGACCUUUCAUCCCUAGCAACCCAGUGGACAUUAGACAUAGACCAAGGGGAUGUCCCGACUGUCUUCCAUUUGGCAAAGGGAAAGUUAACUAUCAACCACCGUUUUCUGCUGUCACUUUGUUCAAAUACGGAGCUGGAAUCGCAAUAGACCAACUGCGUUUUGUCUUAAACGUCUGCACCUAUAAUAGCACGUGUACUUUCCCGCUAAUCCGUGUGCCAUGGGAGGCUGGAAACCCAGUUGGGCAGUGGUAGUUUCAUGAAAAUGAGUCUAGGAGCCCUUUCCUUGGGCGCCCAAUUGGGCAAAAGGUAUAAAAUAGUUCAGUUUUUGCCUCUUGCUGAGGCAUUAGGCUCCUCAGGGUAAGGCCAAACCACCAUCUUGCUAUAUUUAACCCUUUAUGUGCCCUAGACUGUAGAAUAGAUCCUUCACUUUUUGGUAUUUGUAUAUCCAGGGCAGAAUUGUGAGUUGCCGUCCUACUCACCGGCACUCAAAGCGUUAACCCACUGCUCAUUUACUGAUUCGUUGCCUGUAUUCAUUUAUCCCAUAACGCUAAUAUUUGUAGCUGAAUGUAGUGAAAUAUACUUUCCUGUACAAUCUG